GAGAGAGAGAGAGAGAGGCAUCGUCUCAGCCUCCAUUUUGGCCACCAUGAGUGGGAAGUCUCUGCUGCUGAAGGUGAUCCUUCUAGGGGACGGAGGCGUUGGGAAGAGCUCCCUGAUGAACCGCUACGUCACGGACAAGUUUGACUCGCAGGCCUUCCACACCAUCGGGGUGGAGUUCCUCAACCGGGACCUGGAGGUGGACGGGCGCUUCGUCACCCUCCAGAUCUGGGACACGGCCGGGCAGGAGCGCUUCAAGAGCCUCCGGACCCCUUUCUACCGGGGAGCCGACUGCUGCCUGCUGACCUUCAGCGUGGAUGACCGGCAGAGCUUCGAGAACCUGGGCCACUGGCGGAAGGAGUUUGUCUGCUACGCCAAUGUCAGGGACCCCGACCACUUCCCCUUCGUGGUCCUGGGCAACAAGGUGGACAAGCUGGAGUGGGCGGUCAGCCCCGAGGAGGCCCGGGCCUGGUGCCUGGCCCACGGCAACUACCCUUACCUGGAGACCAGUGCCAAGGACGACACGAACGUGGCUGUGGCUUUCGAAGAGGCCGUCAGGCAGGUCCUGGCCAUGGAGGAGCAGCUGGAGCACUGCUUGUUGGGACACACCAUCGACCUCCGCUCUGGCGCCAAGUCCAGUUCCUCCUGCUGCUGAGAGUGGCCAGAGCUGGCUGCUCCAGGGCAGAGAUGGCUGGGGAGGGUCCGGCCAAGGGCCCGCAGCCCCAGAGCCAAGGGGAUUCCUGGGGGGCUCUGCACCUGCCUUGUGCCCGUUCAGCCCACCUGGCCGACCGUGGAGUCUGUGGCCACUAGCAGAGCCAUAGAGAGAGACCCUUUCCCAGUGUCCCUGGGACAUUUGGCUAGAGAGAUGCUGGAAGAGAGCCCCAGAGGCUACUGAAAAGGUGCCCACCCCUGGACCCACCAUCCCUUGCCAGAUGGAGGGGCCCAUCAAGAGCCAGUAAGCUGGGCAAUAGAGCGGUUUCUCCAUGGACUGGUGAAUGUGUGACCCCUCUGCCCUGCCCUGCCACUUGGGGGAUGGUGCCAAGGGGUGGGGGAGAGGGACUGGCUGGUCCCAGAGCAACGCCUUUGGGUGCCCCCCUGGGAGGAGCCGUGUCUGGGAGCUGAGCCUUGCUGCCUGAUUUUCUUCCUUGUACCCAAAGUUCUUACUGGCUUCACUGGUACAAGGGGGAUUGGAAUUGGGAAGAGGAGCACAAACCCUGGUGUGCCAAGGCCAUACCAAGGUGGAUUGCCAGGGAAGGCAGCUGUCCUCGUUACCUGGGAAUGAAGGCCUGAAAAUGGACCAGAGCUUUGAGGAGCUGGGCAGAGGGAAUGCAAAGGUGUGACCCACAGAUGCCAGCGUGGGUUUGUGGCCUUGGGGCACCAAGCACUCAGCCCAGGUUGCUCCAUCCUGCUGUGAGCAGAAAACGCAGGGUUUUACCUGGAUGCCUAUUUCCUGUCCUGUGUCUCUCCCUCCAAAGGGUGGGGGGCAUUGUCCCCCCAAGGGGUCCUGCGCAGCCUGGGGGGGUCAGCUGCCCCUGGGUGGGCUCUGGCCAGUCUUGCUGCCCCUCAAACAGCUCCCCCUCACCUCCCUCCUGUGGCAGCCGGGCGCCCUCUGCUGGGUCCUCCUGGAAAUGGCAGCCUCUUCCUUAGUCAGGAGCUCCUUAGGCCAGUUGGAGUUAAAGGUCAAGGCUGGGCCUUUGGGAUGGGGAGUGGAGGGGGCUGUGGGAAAGGAGGGACAGGAGAUGCCAGUCAUUUAAGGGAGGGGUUGCGCCCCCAUGCAAAGCCUGAAAUGGGUUCUUUGGCAUCUUAAGAAAUGGGUGUUUACAUGUAUAUUAUCAUCACAUUCCUUUUACAUUCUGCUAGCAUUGCCAAGUUAUGAAUAAUUUUUAUUUUGGAGCAGUUUUCAGGGUGGAGGGAUGGUUGUCUUGCUAUGUUGCCACAAACGCAGCAAGUUGUGUGGCACCUUAAGAUUAUUACGUGAGAUGCCCUGGUGGCACAGAGUCCAUUCCAUCAUCUGCACUCACCAUUUGCCACAACUUUCUCUCUCGCUCUCUGUAUGUGUUUAUGCUUACACUGUGCAGCUGAAGAAAUGUGCUUUUAUUCAUUGAAGGUCCUGCCUUGUUCUAUUACUCCAUCAUGAAGGCAAAGGUGGGAGAUUGCAGCCUUUCAGAGGUUGGGUGGACUCCAGUCUGCCCACCGCUCAAUGAGGCUAUGGGAACUGUAGUUCACCUUCAACAUCCAUGGGGCUGAAGGACCCCUGACAAAGUGGCUCGGAUGCCCACCAGCCCAGAAGGCUCUGGGGAGAAUGUGGGUCUUGCCUGGUAGGACUUGCUUGCUUUGCCUGCUUCCUUCCAUGGAUUUUCAAAUGGUGCCGAUCCACUUAUUCUCAACAGGAGCUGCGAAUAGAAAGGGGCAAAACUGACAAGUAUUUAAGCCAAUAAAAAUGUGAAUGUAUU